AAUUGCUAUGACUAUGUCUCGUCAUUUGUCUUUAGAUCAAUUUGUACCAGGAUUUAAGCUAAAUUUAGGUGGAGCUAUCGGUUUGGGUUUCCAAUUUGUGCCACAUUUCAAUUCUUAUUACCAUCUUGUGUCAUUGCAUGACUCAUUUCGCGUGUACACGUUAUUGAUAGUUAACUGAAAAUGUUUGUUAUUCCAUUGUAAUUGAAAUAAAAUUACGUAGCGUUCGAACUGGUUAACCUUCAGGUCUUGCCGUACCUAAUCUACACUUUCAGUGUAUCAAACAUUGUUUAAUCUAGCAACGUAUGUUUGUUUUUGUUGGAGCAAAGUCUUUUGCCUUUCGGCUUACCAUUUACCAAUACCAUCCUUGUGUAUUUUCUUUCAAUGAGUAAUCUUUCCUUUCAUUCAGAAACUAUAAGCAUUAUUACAUUACUGUUAUUAUCAAAAAUUAACUGCCGCUGUGGGUAUUUUGUCAACUCAAGCUUAUUAUUGUAACUACAUAAUGACCUAAUUAAAGUUAAUUGCUUACACAAUGUUUAAUAUUGUCAUUUUCCUGAAUUUUAACAAGUAAAUUUAAUUAUCCAGUUGAUUCUAUCCCUAAUUGCCGAGUUAACCAUGUAGUGACACUUUUUAUUAUGUUAUGAGGCGAUUCAACGAAAUUAUUAAAUUACUCUAUAAAAUAGUUACUUAGGUUUGCAAUUUCAACUGUUUGUUAAUAGUGAUUAUUACUGCUAAUGAACGAUGACUCAUUUGCCUUAUUCAUAUCAUUUUGAAACAUUAUGUUGACAUAAUGAAUGUACUUCACUUCAUGGUCGAUAAGGGAUGAGUUAGAAUUUGAGAUUUAAACCUGCGUUGUAUUUUCUGUUUAUCAAGCAUAUUUAUUCACAAAACUAGUGGAUCAUUCUUGUCUUGACCAGAUAGGUAUUAAAUUAUUUCAAACUCAAUUUAUUAUCCCCAUAUGUAUGGUACAUAUUUCUUUACUUCACAAUCAUAGUUAUGACUAGCCUAUUUUCCUCUAAUGUACAGUUUUUUGUCUUGUUUCCCAGAAUUGUUGGGAAGUUUUAUUAUUUUAAAAUGUGGCAUUCCCCUAACUGGACAAUGGUCGCAAUUCAUCGGUGUUAUCUAUCACACAUCCUCUCUGACUUCCGGACUGUUACUGACAGUUUUGAUAACGAGUGGCAAUGUACAAAGUUUUAUAGGUACUGCAAAAAUAAUGUAUAUAAACUGAAGUAGAUAUAUAUUAUAUAUUAUCUAUUACAGCAAUGAGUAAAUCGACUUAAUUGAAAUUGCAAUAGCUAAUAGAUACGCUAUCAUCAAAUACAGUACAGUAAAUUAUGAUUCACGCCAAUGUAGUUACUUCAUGAUUUGAGAGUUAUUGAUGUAAACAAACUACGAAGUUCUUACGAAAAUAAAAUAUACGAUAAAAGUCAGAUUGGGGGAAGAGGUGAUUGUCGCAUACGUAGACCUGUAGACAGAUAAGCAGCUACGUAUAGUUGUCGCGGUGCCAAACGGUGGCGCUCGCGCCUCUCUUCAGUCGAGUGCGUUCCUUGGCGGGAAGUGAAUGGCGCGCGAUGUGCUUGCAUGUUCGGCUGCUCUGCGGUGCGCUCUGGUGGCCGGUGCUGAUGCGCUGCGCUCGCGCCGCGCGCACCUAUGACGACGAUUACGACCAGCAACUUAAAGAUGAGCUCGGCGAGGUGGUGGCCGAGCUGGAGGCCCUGGACGGGCAGGAGGAAUGCAAGCAGAACAGCAAAGCCAAACAGAUGAGCAUAGGAAGAAAGAAAUUUAAUAUGGACCCCAAGAAAGGCAUAGAAUACCUGUAUGAAAACGGCCUAUUACAAAGGACGCCCGAGGACGUGGCCCAGUUUUUACACAAGGGUGAAGGGUUGAGUAAAACGGCGAUAGGGGAUUACCUCGGCGAGCGCUCGGAGUUCAACGAGGCGGUUCUACGGGCCUUUGUGGAGCUGCACGACUUCACUGAUUUGAUACUUGUGCAGGCAUUAAGACAAUUCCUAUGGAGUUUUCGAUUGCCCGGCGAAGCUCAAAAGAUCGACCGCAUGAUGGAGAGCUUCGCGCAACGAUACUGCCAGCUGAACCCCGACAUAUUCACGAACGCGGACACGUGCUACGUGCUCAGCUUCGCGAUAAUAAUGCUCAACACGUCGCUGCAUAACCCCAGCGUGAAGGACAAGCCCUCGCCAGAGCAGUUCGUCGCGAUGAACCGCGGCAUUAACAACGGCGGCGAUCUACCUCAAGAGUUGCUCUUGUCUUUAUACGAGUCGAUAAAGACGGAGCCAUUCAAAAUCCCCGAGGACGACGGUAAUGAUCUCAUGCAUACCUUCUUCAACCCCGAUAAGGAGGGCUGGCUGUGGAAACAAGGAGGAAGAUACAAAUCGUGGAAAAGAAGAUGGUUCAUACUGAACGACAACUGCCUUUACUACUUCGAGUAUACGACGGACAAGGAGCCCAGGGGCAUCAUUCCAUUAGAAAAUAUUUCUGUCCGCGCGGCGAGUGAUCGGCAGCGGCCGCACUGUUUAGAGCUGUACGCGAGCGGGGGCGCGGACCUCAUCAAGGCAUGCAAGACCGACUCCGAGGGGAAGGUCGUCGAGGGCAAGCAUACCGUAUACAGAAUGUCAGCGUCAACGGCGGAGGAACGCGACGAAUGGAUCGAAUGUCUUCGACGUUCCAUCAGUCACAACCCGUUCUACGAUAUGUUGGCACAACGCAAGAAGAAAGCACAACACAACCACAGUUCCGCACACUAGCGCCUUACCUUAUCAUAGGUACACUCGGCAACAAAUUAACGUAAACCAGUAACCCUAGCGCCGGAUUCCGACAGUUACAUUGAAAUAAUCGCUCUCCAGUUGGCAGACUCUCCGAUAUUUGCACACCAAGACUUGGUAGAAUGUGUAAAGUGACUCAAUUUCUUUAACAUUAGCCACCAGGUGAGAUUGCAGAAAACUAUUUACACAGAGGUAUCUAUUCUAAAUUACAUCAGAUUAUAGUCAGGCGAAGCGGUAACACAAUAAAACUAUAACUAAGUAUAUAGUUAAAUUAAUGCGUGGAACUAUAUAGUUAAAAAUAUAUAAGUUCCACGCACUGACAGGUCCUAUCACUCUGAAUAAAUCUAAGAACGGUUUUACAUUAAACAUUCCUUAGGGAACGGUUGAAUUGUUUAUAAUUUUUUCAGAUAAAAAUAAAUCAAUGUGACAUCGAAACUUAAACUACUAGUAUGUUUCAAUAAUCAAGCGUCUAUUUCCGCGUUGGUUACGUCAGUAAUUAACUACUUCUAUGCCCGGAAAAAUAAAAAAUAAACUCAUAAAGCCUAAAAUAUCAGACUAGGUAUUGAAUAAGUGUAAAAAUAUGUGUAAGCUUUAAGAUUCAAAACACCAAUAUUAAGGAAUCAUAGACUUUAAGAAUCGUUUGAUCAUAGUCAUACGAAGGAACAAAGGCCUGCCUUAGUUUUUUAUCUAAUAUGAUAAAGAAAUAGACAUAUAGACUGCGAAAUAUUACAGACAUAAAGCAUAACUGAGUAGGUGCCUGCGGUAGGGAAGCGGUGCGGGAGGGGUGUGAUGACGUGACGCUAGAGCUCAGUAAAGCGGAAUUCACAUAACAAAAUUAGUGGGGCGAAAUAAGAUUAACAACAUUGAUUUCAUUUUCGUUUAAACGUGCAAUUGAUAAUUAAAUUAAUGUCGUGAAACUAAUUUCGCGCCACUAAUUUCGUUAUGUAAAUUCCGCUUUAUUCGUCAACUUUGCCAACUGACCCAUCCCGCGGGAACCUUCUUAGUUAUGCGUUAUGCCUAGGUAUACAUAUUGAACCAAUAUAAAUAAACAUUGGCGCCGAUUCUGUUGUAUUUCUCCAAACUAAAUUUAGAGUAUCAGCUGCAUCCCCUUCCUUUUGAUAUUGCUAAAAAAGUACAGAAGUGACAGAAUUGUAUGUAGUGCGACAAGACUAACAUAACUUGCAGGCAUCGAAAUAUUCAAGGUAAAGACGUCCAUUUGUGUAGAAUUGCGUUCAUAGUUGCAGAUCAAAUGCGAUGCUUUGUGUUGUUAAAUAUCGCUCUGAAUGUAGUAGUAGUAGUGAUAUCCUUGCCAUAAAGUUCUCUAUGAAAAGGAACUACAAUAUAACAUUACAGAGCAAAUUCGAUCUAUAAAGAUCGCUUUGAAAGUAGUGCUAUCCCUUUCAUAAAAUAGCUUUAAAAGUAGUGCUAUCCCUUUCAUAAAGUACUCUAUGAAAAGGGGCAGCUAGAGUUAUUAGUCGGGCAUACUUGUUUCACCUCAUCCUGCGUUACAA